AUGCCUCCUCCCGGUGUAUGCUUGAACAUCAUAGAGGCCCGCUACAAGAAGGACGGUUUUGGAAAAUUCACCAAGCCCCAGAAGUUCUUGGGCCAAGACUACGAGCAGUUGAAACAGUACUGCCUCACAAGAGGAGUAAGCUUCAUUGAUGAGACAUUUCUACCUGACAGAAGGUCCAUUGGCCAAGAGAUACUGCGCAAUGGCAUACUGAGCCCUUCUGAACUGGCCUGUGUGGAGUGGCAGAGACCAGCAGAAAUUGUUCGUUUUCCAGCCUUUGUACGUGACGGAGUCUCCAGGUUUGAUUUUGGUCAAGGGAAACUAGGAAACUGCUGGUUUCUUGCGUCAAUCGGAGCGCUGACAUUCCAGAAAUCCAUUUUCGCAGAAGUUGUCCCGCUUGAACAAAGAUUUGAUGAGAACUACUGUGGGAUUUUUCACUUCAGGUUCUGGAGAUUUGGGCAGUGGGAGGAUGUGGUCAUUGAUGACAAACUACCAACAAUCAAUGGCAGACUAAUCUUUGUUCAUUCCAAAAACCAAAAUGAGUUCUGGCCUGCUCUCCUGGAGAAAGCCUAUGCCAAGGUUUGUGGUUCCUACUCCGACAUGAUUGCUGGAACUCCCUCAGAGGCUAUGAUGGACUUCACCGGUGGCGUCCACAUUAACAUCGAGCUGUCACAUGCGAGUCCAAGCCUGUGGGGGCUGAUCUGCAGAGCUGGCAAAUCAAACACACUGAUGGGCUGUGGUACACCUCCCAGGGAGACAUCUGGUAACGAAAUAUUACCAAAUGGACUGGUUGCAGGCCAUGCAUACACUGUGACAGGUGUCAAAGAGAUGAUGAGUCGAGGAAAAAUUGUAUACCUGGUGCGUUUGUGGAAUCCCUGGGGUAAAGGAGAGUGGAAAGGAGACUGGAGUGAUCGGUCUCCUCUGUGGCAAACUGUGAGUCCUGAAGAUUGUGAAAUGUGCCUUUCAGUGGCUGAUGAUGGAGAGUUUUGGAUGACCUUUGAAGAUUUCUGUAAGUUCUACACAGAUAUUGACAUCUGUGGGCUGUCUCCUGACUUCUUUAAUGAAAGUGACUCUAAUCAGUGGAAGACCUCUGUGUAUGAGGGCCGAUGGGUUGCAGGAACCACUGCUGGAGGUUGCCUUAAUUACAGAGACAGUUUCUGGACUAAUCCACAGUGUCGUUUCAAAAUUUGCGGUGGAUACUCAGAGAAAGAUGGCGAUAAAAACAUAAUGGUGUCUCUCAUGCAAAAGCCCGAAAAAAGGAACAGACACCUGGCGCAAAACCUCCACAUUGGGUUUUUCAUAUUUGAGGUGACUGAAAAAUAUAAGACACAUGGGGGGAAGUUUACAGAGGAGUUCUUCAAAUACCAGGCACCUGUUGCCCAAACUAAAACCUACCUGAAUGCCCGUGACGUGAUGGAGUUCUUUAUGUUAAAGCAUGGGGAAUACUUGAUUGUGCCAUCCACCUUCAAUCCCAACGAGACAGCCUCCUUUAUCCUGACCAUCCACGCAAAAUCAGAGACCAACUGCUAUGAUAAUUCUGGUGAUCACAAACAUGAGCUUGAUGAGAAGGUCAAGGUAAAAAAUCGACACGAUGAUGAACAAAGGAGAGAGUUUUUCCAUAAACACUCUGACAAGUAUGAAGAAGUGGAUGCUGAGCAGCUUCAGAGGCUUCUAAAUGAAAACAUCCUAAAAGGAGACCUGAAAUCUGGAGGCUUCAGUAUUGACGCCUGUCGCAGCAUGGUUGCAUUAAUGGAUACAUCAAUUACAGGAAAACUCAACAGUGAGGAAUUUCUUCGUCUGUGGAACAAAGUUGUUACAUUCAAGGAAAUUUUCUUCCGCACUGAUGUUUCACGAACAGGAACGCUGUCACUGAGAGAACUACGAAAUGCAUUCUUAGUUUCAGGAAUAAGGGUGAGUGACGACAUGCUGAAUCUGAUGGCUCUGCGCUACGGCGCCUCCUCUGGACACAUGACGCUGGAGAGCUUCAUCAGUCUCAUCCUUCGCUUUGACUGCAUGAACAAAAUCUUCAGACAGUUAUCUGAUGGAAAAGCCAUGACUCUUCAAGAGUCUGAGUGGAUGUACAUUUCGAUGUACACUUAA